AUUUUAUUUUAUUUUCUUUUUGUUUAUUGGCUUUAAAAUUAGAUGCCCAAUUUCGAUUAGCAUUUAUGGCUAUGUAUGGUAGAGGCAAAUGUCUCGGUCAGAGUUUCACGUAAAAGAAGCACUUUGAAUUUGCAGUAAAUUCUUUCUCCCACCACCACCAUUAUCAUCAUGAUCAUCAUCAUCAUCAUCAUCACCCUUCUUCUAUGGAACCUGAAAAAAGGCAAGGUUGAGACCUGUGACUUGUAUUUGUGAGCAAUCGUAACCUUUGUUUUUCUGUUUCACCACCAUCUCUUUCAUGUGAAAGAUCAUAUUCUCAUUAUCAGACUUAAUGCAUGUUCACAUACUCUUGCCUGUGAUUCGCUUCAAUAUUACAAUAAACAUUCCUUCUUCUUCCUCUCUGUUCCUCACUAGUCUUUACUCCUUUAAAUAUUCGUCUUUCUUCUCCAUCUUCUUUACACCAUUAAAGCUCUCUCCGUCUCUGUCUCUGUUCGUUUGGUUGUAAUCAUUCUCUUAGAGGAAACCAAGCUACAAUCAACCCAAAAAACAAAAUGAAGGGUUCCACUUGUGUUGCUGCAAUCUUUAUACUUUUCCUUUUAUUUCCAGCUUCCAUGUCCACAAGGAACUUAGGCAGGGCUCGCUCACGUCAUCACAGGCAUGUAAAGAAAAGUGGGGGAACAGCGGUUAAUAAUAAACCAAAUUUGUAUUUGGAAAGAAAGGCAAUAAUGGAUCAGAGAAGGAAACCAGAUACACUUGAAGUAGCAGGGUCGAGCUUGCCAGAUUGUUCGCAUGCAUGUGGUUCAUGCUCACCAUGUAGAUUAGUGAUGGUUAGCUUCGUUUGUGCAUCGCUUGAAGAGGCUGAGACUUGUCCUAUUGCUUACAAAUGCAUGUGUAAAAACAAGUCUUAUCCUAUUCCUUAAAUAAAUUACUAAUCUUAUUUCAAA